AUGAACAUUUUAAAUCCACCAUCACUUGAAGAUAUUGAAAGGGUCAUAAAACAGCUACCAAAGAACAAAGCAGCAGGUCACAACUUUGCAGCUGAAAAAUAUACAUCAACAAUAACACCAAUACAAAUUCUUAACAAUACCAUAGAACAUGUCAAUCAACAUAAAAUUACCUUCAUACAUUUUUUUCAAGACAUGUCAAAAGCUUUUGAUAAUGUAGACCAUCAAAGACUUAAAAUAGCAUUAAAAUGUAUUGAACAAGGUGAUCCACUCUCACCAAUUAUAUGGAAAAUAUUUUAUGACCCUAUUUUAGCACAUAUUACCAACAAUUAUGAAACAGACCUAUUAACAAUUAAAACAACUUCACUUGAACAAAUAAAUAUGCCAAAUAAUCACCAUAAUAGUGAACAACGUGGAAGACCACCAGAAACUUCUAAACAGCCAAUAACUGGAGUCGAACUAAAUUCUGAUAUUCAAAAUUUGCAUAUUUUAUAUUUGUACAAUUUACUUACUAUUUUGCCCAAAAAUAGCAAUCUUUUCCUAUCAUUGCAUCCAGCAAAGGAACGAUAUUGCGGAACAAUGUUGGAUUUUCUAAGAAUAUUAUUGGAUUUUUCUUCUUCAUCUAAGUUACAAUUUAGUCCAUUUUUUGAGAAUAAAAUGGCAUGCGUGACAGCAGCAAAUUUUGGAUUGGUUGGUAAUGGUAGAUUAUUUAUUAUUAAUACCGGAGUUGGGCCGAAUGGAAUUGACCUUGAAAAAUUUUAUGACACUCAAGAUGGAUUAUUUGAUUGUUGUUGGAGCGAAUUAAAUGAACAUCAAAUCGUAACAGCUAGUGGAGAUGGAUCAAUUAAAUUAUGGGAUAUAACCCUUAUGGAAUUUCCUAUAAUGAAUUGGCAUGAACAUUCUAGAGAAGUUUUUUCAGUGAAUUGGAAUUUAAUAAAAAAAGAUUGUUUUAUUAGUGGAUCAUGGGAUAGUUCUAUUAAAUUGUGGAGGCCUGAAUUAAGGCAAUCAAUAUUAACAUAUAAUGAACAUACAAACUGUGUAUAUAGUACAAUAUGGUCACCAUAUAAUCCUGAUAUAUUUGGUCCAGUAUCUGGUGAUCAGUUAAUGAAAAUAUGGGAUACAAAAGUUCCAACAAAAUCUGUUCAAACAAUUCAUGGACACUUGUAUGAAAUACUUUUCAUCGGACUGGAACAAAUAUCAAGAAAAUCAAUUUGUGACAGGUUCAGUUGA